GUGUUUGUGGUGAGUGUGGGAAUGUUCAAUGUGGAGGGGGAGGGAGGGAGAGAAACUGGCCAGUGAAAUCUCAGGUCUCGUCUCCCACACUCUCUUCCCUCCCGCCACCCACAACUGCACUCACCUGGCCUCCCUACAGCUCUAUCUCAUGUCUGGCUCCGUCCUCCUACCCGUCGCCAAUGGCAACAUCACCUGCAGUGAGAGCGAGACUCAAAUCCGUCUCACCAUUCCCCUCCCUGACUCAGUGCCCCUACCAAUUAACCUCGUUGUCGGCUCUCCUUCACUGGAGACUUGCUACAUAGCUGUCAGAGCAUUUGAGAACAUGUCCUCAUCCGCAGGAGCUCAGGGGUUAAACGAGAUCCUCUCGACCCAAGUUUGGGUGCAUACAGAACUUCCAGGACCUCCGAGAGUGGUCAAUGUCAUGACUGGUGUGACGCGAGACUGCGUCCCCAUUCCAUGCCACGGAAAAAUGGUGGUACGGAUCCUGGACGGACUGCAGUACUCUCCCGACAGCUACACAGCUCACCUGGAUGAUGAUGUCAUAAUGACAAGCGAUGAUGCCGCCACCGAGGCGGAGGUGUACCGCAGUAUGUCAGGGUGUGAGGAGAAUGCUCUAAUACCUGGUGCCGAAAUCUAUACUUACUUUCGCUUCAUUGUGAAAUCACAGCAACCAACUAUACCGACUCCAAAUAAUGCCAACCUGACCACACCCCCAUUCUGCAGUUUAAAAGUGGGUGUGACAUUCUCAGGGGGCAUGGUGCGUGUGUUUGUGACGGCGACGUCAGAAAUGGGUGAGGGGGUGAGAAUGGUGAGGGUGGAGAGGGUGGGAGAAGAGGGAGGAGGGGAAGAGGAAGGGUCAGGGAUGUGCCAAGACUGCGGGAACAAAGAAGAACUCUCUACUACCUGCCUCCAGGUGUCAUGUGAUCAUCAGAUUGAGGUGGGUGUGUCCAGAGUGGACGGAGAGGGAGUGUGUGUGCCGCAGCCAAAGGGAGGAGGGGAGGGAGUGAGGGUUGAAGACAACAAGUUGCUAGUGGACCCAAUAGAUCAGGUGACUGGCCUGGUCGUUGAUUACAGUUCAAAUCCCAGCGUUGCCAUGGAGAUGUGUAAACUGAUGAUUACCAACACUAGCAUUUGGUUUAACUGUCAACCAUGAUGUUCUACGAACCAACACUGAACAUACUAACUGGGGGCAGCUCGUUGUCUUCUCAACUCAUUCAUGGAUGUCAAUGUUUCAGAUGUGUGUGUGAUUUUGUAAAACACGAAAAUU